AUGUUGUCACUAUGUUAUGUUAACAGUAUUCUCACAUUUUGUGGUCAAGGACAUAUGUGUAUCAGCAAAGAGCAGAACCAAUUGGAAAUUUACAAAUAUUCACAUGUGUCCAUGUUAUACAGGAAAACAAAAGUAGCAUUCUUUGAGUCUUGUCAAUUUAAAACUUUAUCAAGUCAGUUUCUUCUUGUGGUCUUUAUGAGUCAAAAGGAAGCAUCACUCCCACUGUUGGUACAAGUGAAGGGAAACCUCUUCUCACUCUUUUCUAAGAAUACUUUGAUUAAUUGUAAAGAUUUCAUGUUUUAA